UCUUCCGCUCGUUCUUCCUCCCCUGUUCCUUCCUUUUUCUUCUCAUUCCCCCACCCAUGCCUUCUUCCCGCCGGAAAAUACCUUCCCUGCUUCCGAAGCCGACGAUCCCUCUUUGGUGAACCAACGAGUCAUGGUGGUCGCCAGCUCGGGCGCGUCGUCCCACUUCUCUUCGCUUUCUCCGCAUCCCUCGCAAAGAGAAGCAUAGGCUGCGGCGGUUGCAGAGGCGGAUGAAGCCCUUCGAUCACGCCGGCGCCCUGGGCCUGCUCAUCCUCACCGUCGCCCUCCUCUUCCUCGUGCACUACGACUACCAAGGCCUCGUCCGCGUGGCGUGGCAGAGCCUGCCGGCUGGCGGCGGACGGGGGAGUUGGGUUCCGGGAGCGGCGGAGACGGAUGGCGUGGUUUGCGAUUGGUUCGAUGGCCAGUGGGUAUGGGACGAACGGUAUCCGUUGUACGAGUCGGACGGUUGUCCCUUCUUGGACGACGGUUUCCGCUGCUCCGAGAACGGGAGGCCUGACCGGAUGUACACUAAGUGGCGGUGGCAGCCCGCCGGCUGUGAUCUCCCCAGAUUUGAUGCCAAAAAGAUGCUGGAGAAGUUGAGGAACAGAAGGCUGGUUUUUGUAGGUGAUUCAAUUGGAAGAAAUCAGUGGGAGUCUCUCCUCUGCAUGCUUUCUGCUGCUGUUUCAAACAAGAGCUCAAUCUAUGAAGUAAAUGGCAACCCGAUCACAAAACAUAUGGGGUUCCUGGUGUUUAAGUUCUGGGACUACAAUUGUACUGUGGAGUAUUACAGAUCACCAUUUCUGGUGCCCCAGGGUCACGCCCCUGCAGGUGCACCCAAAAAAGUGAAGACUACUCUUAAACUGGACUGCAUGGAUUGGACAUCGUGUAGAUGGAAGGAUGCUGAUAUCCUUGUCUUCAACACUGGGCAUUGGUGGAACCAUGAGAAGACCACUAGAGGGGGUUGCUAUUUUGAAGAAGGAAAUCAGGUGAAGAUGGAGAUGAGUGUGGAUGAUGCAUAUCAGCGAUCAAUUCGGACAUUGUUAGAAUGGGUUCAUAAAGAAGUCAAUAGGAGUAAGACCCAAGUCAUCUUCCGCACAUAUGCUCCUGUUCAUUUCAGGACUGGUAACUGGAAAACAGGAGGGAAUUGUCACCUGGAGACACUGCCUGACUUGAGUCCUCCACAACCAUCCUUGGAAGCAUGGGCGCAUUUCUUGAAACCAUUUAGUGAUACGCCAUCGAACAAGAAUUCUACUACUACUGCUACAAGUGAGGCGUUGGGAUUGGAUUUGCUCAACGUGACACAGAUGACAGCUCGGAGGAAAGACGGACAUUUGUCUAUAUUCUACCUUGGUAAGACUGCGCAUGCUCCACUCCACCGGCAGGAUUGCAGCCAUUGGUGCCUACCUGGGGUUCCGGAUGCAUGGAAUCAGCUUCUCUAUGCACUUUUCAUGAGACGAGAAAAGUCCAUACUACACAAUACGGGGCUCCUCUACUAGAGAAUUUUGAAAUCCCUGUUGAUUAACUUGCACAUCGACCUCUUUUACGGACUCUGACAGUGACUAUGUGGCACACGAUGUGGAAAGCAAUCACUUAGAAUGAGGAUCACAUCGACAGAUGGUUCAGAAAAAAAAGAAAACACCAUAAAAAGCACUCAGAUGACUGACAGGUCAGCUUCACUGUUAUCACUAGCUUAUUUGUGAUUCUUGAUGGACUUGGAAGUCGGUCUGUGUUGAUACAUUCAAUAUUGCUCCAGUGUGUGUAUAUAUAUAUAUACUUUUUUCAAAAAAAAUAUCACAAAUUAAAAAAUUCA